CUUUAGCCUAGCUAGAGGGCUAAGGAAACGCGUCUCUUGGAAACAAAUUACGUCACAGAAUAGACAACAGCCACUAAUCUUUUAGCGCUAAUGUGCAGCAAAUUUCAGCUGGUAGGUAGAUUUAUAAACUGUUGGAUCUAAGCUCUUUUGAUAUCUUUAUACAUUAAAUUUCGACAAUGGCUUUUAUUUUUAGAACUGCUUAUCGUGGCUCAGGUUUGGUAAGAAGCAAUUUUUCUCUUUUAAAUGACAUUCGCUCGUUUUCUUCCAAGACCAUUCUUGGAAAGCUGAGAUCACAACCGAACGCGGCCUACUUUCAGAAAGCCGCCGUCGGAUUUGGCAUUUGUGGAGUGGGAGUCGGCGCCGCUGUGUAUCUCAACAACAACAAAGACACGCUAAACCAGUACUUGAAAAAUGUACUUAAUGCUUUCGUGGUUAGCGCUGCCGCCGGUGAAUCCGGUGGACCUUGCAAGAUCAAAGUAAGCAAGCCCUGCGCCCAGAAGAAGAAGCCAUGUUGCGAAUACCAGUGCAACAUUACUUCUCCGAUGAAGACAUACAGUCUGUACCUCUGGAUCACCCUUGAGCCAGGAGCUGACCCCAACGCAGUUGCCUGUUCAGCAGUUCGCAUAGAUGAAGCUAUUGAAGCUGCCAGAAAUCCUUGCGGCUGUAAUGAGGAUAUUGUUGCCGGUGUAGGUUUCGGGCCGAAUCUUUGGGCUCAGGUUAUGGGAAGCGGCUGCAAGAACUUCUGCUACAGACACAGGAAGGGGAAAAAUGGUGAGAUGCCAUCAACUGACGGCGACAUCUUUGUACAUGCCAAAUGUGACAGCCAUGGACAACUCUUUGAAUUCUGCAAACAAUACAUGCAUGGCUUCCCAGAAUGCAGCAUUCUAGAAUUCGAGGACGUCUAUGGGUUUGACUUCAAGAAUGGACGUGAUAUCUCUGGCUUCCUGGACAACCAGACAAAUCGCUGCAAAGAGGACGGCUUGAGGGAGGUGGCUAUUGACUGUGAGAGCGGUGGAAGCUAUGCCCUCGCUCAGAAGUGGGUGCAUGACUUCUGUGUCGUUGAUGAUGAUCCUUGCCAGCUAGAACAAUAUAUUGGCAGAGAGAUGGCCAGUGGCAAUGAGCUCUGUAACAAAUCCUGCUCAAGUCACGUGGCUAGAAUGAAUGGUAGCACUGAGAUGAACGCUCCACCCCAAUUUGAAAUUGUUCGCCAAUCUCAGAGCUAUGGGACAUUUUCCGACAAAGCUGGGAUGUUCUUCCUGGCCUUCUGCAACGACCCUUCCACAUUCGAUUGCCUUUUGGACCGCAUGGUGGGAGCCUCGUGUGAUGGGGAGCACGAUGACGUCAUGAAGAUGAGUAAGAACGUGAAGGGCGCCUACUGGUACUUCCCUGGUAUCAAAGAACUGGAACAGAUCCGACAGCAGUAAUGUCUGAUCAGUUUUGUUUUCCCAGUGAAAGUUUAAAAAAAAAAAUGUUUCGAAGUUUUCUUAAUAGCGGGUAGAGUUGCAAGUUGUAUGUUUUGUUCUUUAGAGAUAAUAAACAAAACGAUGUGUGCCGUGUGUGUAUAACACGUUAUCUGAAUAAAAGUAUGACAUGAUGAA